UCGUACUGUACGAGAACACAGUGCAUGCAUGUUUCCUAUACACCCAAACCUAGCUAGCUUUUACUCGAUCAAAACAUUAAACAUGCGAUAUGGCGACACAUCUGUAUUUUCCUCUUGCAAGUGAACUGUCUGGAAAAUUAAAAAAAACUCGUGGUGUGGAUAAAAAUCGGAAAAGCGCUUUUUGUUUCAGGAAGAAAUAGUGCAUUUCGACUUCACGGAUCAUGAGGACGGUCAAUGUCGACAGUGCAGACUGUCUCAGAUGUUUGUACUGGAACUAGAUUACUCUUUAUGACCGGAAAUGCGAGAGAUUGCUACAUGCAGAUCUUAGCAAUGGGGAGCUCACAAGCAGUCCGGAAGGCACCGCAACUCUGCGGUAUUGUGAUAAUCUCGAUCUCGCUGACGUCGCUGAUUAUUUUGACGUAUUCACCGGGAACGUUGAACUUGAAUCGUUUUCCUUCUGAAGAAACUGCAAAUUCUUCUGAGUUACAAUGUGUGCCACCAUUGACAGCAGCGGAUUCGAUUGGCAAGGUUUCUAGACUGACGUAUGCCAGCAAAAUAAAUUCGUCCAUGAUCGACGAGAUUCUGAUGCAAAUAAACGCUGCCGGAGAUCCACUCCAAAUUACCGACGAUUUGUCGUUAAAAAAUCAGGGAUUCAUUCUAAAACUUACAGUGCAACGACUGCGAAUGAAAGUGAGCAAACGACUGAAACACGCUUCCUAUCAUCUUGCCGAGACAAGUCGGAUCAUGCAGUCGUACGAAAACAAAACUCCGUUGUUCAUUUCUUCCAAUUUUGAUUCGCAAGGUGGACUGGGAAACUGGAUGUUCAUGAUGGCGUCUAUGUUCGGCUUAUCCAGGACCAACAAGCGAAUACCGGUUGUCCUGUACAACUAUUCUGCCUUUGACAGACAUUUUGCCAAUUUCAAGCUGAUGCAGAUGGAUCGCGUGACCUUUGCCGGAAAUAGCGGGAAGGCAGCGUGGGAAGCUGCGAUGUUAAGAGAAAUCGCACCGGGUGUAUAUACAGACUGGCUCGCGAAUGUAUCAUCGAAGAAAAGAAAUAUGAACGUUCUUUUGGAAGGUUAUUUACAAUCAUGGAAAUAUUUUCAUGAAUACCGCGCUGAUAUCCAGUCUUUAUUUACAUUCAGCCAGGACGUAUACGUUAAAAGCGUUGAAGCGAUAAGCACCGGCUUGCAAAAUUUGCAUGAUGCGUCUCCCGAUGAAGUACUGCGACCGCUAACGAUGCCGACAUUAAUAGGGAUUCACGUGCGGCGUGGAGAUAUUCUGAAUUUCAACCAGCGAGAUCACGGACAUCGUCCAGCCACGGAUCAGUAUUUAUUACGUGCGGCUCUACGUUUUCAGCGAAUGUUUGCACCGGUAAUUUUUGUUGUCGUCAGCAAUGACAUUCAGUUCUGUAAGAAUCUCUUUCCCGAACCAAAUUUUGUAUUUAUCGAAAACACUUCACCGGAAGUUGAUAUGGCAAUCCUUACUUUAAUGGACAAUCUGAUACUAACUGUGGGAAGUUUUGGAUGGUGGGGCGCGUAUCUAAGUGAUGCACGGCAGGUCGUUUACUAUCGAAACUGGCCGGAAAGUGGAAGUGAUAUGGAAAACAUGUUUGAACCCGGUGACUAUUUUCCUUCGUUUUGGGAAGGGCUGUUGUAAAGCUUCAAGGAUGCUCGCUUAUGGUAGACGAACAUGUACAGGAUUUUUGCGGUAUAUAGUGCAAAUCCUUGCUAGCAAAGAAAAUAAAAAUUAACCAAGGGAAAAUCACGUGUAUCGUUAAAAAACGUUGAUUGUAUUGUGUUGUUCGGUGAAACUUCGUUAGUUCUCGCAAUAUUUUCUAGCUUAAAAGGAGCUUUUGCGAUUUAGGAAGUUGUUGUUGUUAACUUGCUAUAACAU